AUGGCCGACGACUCGUCUGAUCUAUCCUCCAUCUCCUCCCUUUCCCCUGCUCCGUCGGGCGAUGAGUCGGAAAUAGAACUCAAGCCCCAGAAUGGCAUCCUGAAGUUCUUCCACCGCGUCUCCAAGGACGAAGUCGCCGAGGCAAGAAAGAAGGAGAUGUCGCCUCCGCCGCGCAAGAGGGAGCCCUCCCCACCCCACGAAUACGUUUUUGCGGACAAUCCAGACAUUGCAUUCAUUGUCAUGUUCCGCAAGCGAUUCGACAGUGCCAUGCCCAGGUCUCUGGCACAUUUCGGCCCUCUCGAGCUGGAGCAGGAUAUCCAGCAGGACCCCCCUGCCGAACGAGUCGAGCAAUUCCUGUGUGUCGUUCUGGGCCUCCUUCUGAAUCGCAAGCAAGACAUCAAGUACGCGACCUUCCCACCUGCCCCACCAAACGCGCGCCUGACUUACAUUCUGUUCCCAUUUAGGAUCGGACACUACCACAAGGCAUUGAAUGAGGAUGCCAUCAAUGGGAAAGACUUCAAGCCUCAAUGGCCCCGUGACUGGAACGAUCGCAGCCCUCUUGCGGGCGGCGCAACCUUUCAAACGAUCUCGCCCGAACAACGAGUCCUUCUACUCAAAACCUUGGCUCUAUGGGCUCUGGGAUACUCCGACGCCGUCAAGACCUUGAUCAACACCAGCUACAACCAGAAACGCAGUGCCGACGACCUCAACCAACCCCUCUCCGUCCAGCCGUGGGGCCAUGACAGCGACAAGCGCCGAUAUUACCUGGUCGAAGGAGACGACAACUGCUCAUUUCGGAUAUACAGGGAGGGCAACCCAGCCGCUUUGUACAACAGACAAUGGAUAAGUGUUGCUGGUAGCAUCGACGAGGCCAAAGCUCUUGCAGAGAAACUGGGCAAGGACAACGGCCAGCACGCACGCAAGCUCAGCAGGAGCAUCUUGAACAAUAUUGGAAACUUCGAGGAGAAGGAGGAGAAACGCAAGAGACGCGAGUACAGACGCACGCAAAAGGAACGCUUCCGCCGACCCGAGCCCGGUUUCUCUCUGUACGAGGGUCGGACAAGAGGGAAGCGGGUCAAGUACACCUACUCCGAUGACGAAGACUUCUACACGGACUCGACGAACAACCGCCGAUCAACUCGAAACACUCGAAACCACACUCCUGUUGAUGCUGGCCCUGUUAUCACAGCUAGCGGUCGCCAGUCGCGGCCCCCUCCUCGGCUCACUGCCGACAACAUGAGCAACGGCGACGCAAGCGCUGCGGCCAGCGUCCAGGGCGACGACGCUACCGGUGGCAAUCUGGAUACUGAGAUGAGCGAAGCGCCAGAGAUUGGACCAACUGGCCGACCCAGACGAACUGCAGCUGCACAACACACGACAAACGGCUGGUCCACCUCCCGGAAGCGGAACAGACCUUACGUGUCUGACGACGAGGACGAGGACGAGUCUGAGCCAGAUUUUGGCGAAGAGGGCGACGACCAUAUCCCACUAGACGAGACGGAAGAUGAGGAAGAGUUUGAGAACGAUGCCGUGGAUGAAGAUGAUGAAGUCGCCCCCGACAGCCCCGACUCGACCGAUAGUCGCAUGGUGAAGUUGCACAUCAAGGUCAACUUCGACAAGGAUGGCAAGGCAAAGCGUCUGGCAAAGAAGCGCGGCUCAACGGAGUCGGCUUCGACGCCGUCAAACAUCUCGUCCUCGCCUGAGGCCGCCGAGUCUGCCUCUGAGGGCAGUCCAAGCGACAUUCCCGAGCACGAGCCUGAGCAUACCGGAGAUGUCAUUCAAGCCGCACCACUGAAGCGCGCAGAGCCAGGCGUUACCUCGACCUCAGCGUCUGGAGCACCCAGUGCCGCUCCGACUCAGGCUUCUGGUACCCUCUCGACUCCCGCUGCUGUGAGCUCAGCCCCGACGAGCGCUGCCAAGUCAUCCGAGGACUCGGAGAACGUGGCGCCGAGGCCAGAGCCGCCCACCGCUGACCGUAUUGCGGCCGCUAAUGGUAACCUGAAGCUCCAGGCAGGUGCUGCGCCGGCCUCACUGGCCCUCAGAGGCAGCCCCGAGAAGCCCCGUGCAGUCAUGGCCUCGGCGAACCAGGAUUAG